UGCUUAGAACUUGUAGAAGAAGUAGCCAAGGAGUUGGGUAACCUUGAUGAUGAUGGUGAUGAUGAUGAAGUUUGUGCUUUAUGCUAUGAUAAAAUUUUGAAUGAAUUUUAUCGUUUGGAGUAUUGUGGCCAUGCUUACUGUAAAACAUGCAUCUUACAUUUAUUUGAAAAUUCUAGUGAUUUCCCAUUAAGUUGUGUGGGUUGCAGUGCACCAAUUGUGCUUGCUGAUUUGUAUUGGGCAACAAAGCAAGUCCAACUGCUGGAGAAAAUUGUUUUAAAAAAAUCAUUGGACUUCUUCAUCAGAAACAAGGAUGAUAUUAGUUAUUGUCCUAGUCCUGAUUGUCCUAUGAUAUAUAGAGUUGCUAAAGAUGGAAAGACUCUUUUUGAGUGUCCUAUGUGUAGUAAUGUUAUAUGUACUAACUGUGGUGAUUUAUACCAUUAUGGAAUGAGUUGCUCUUUAUACCAGUGUAGCAAACAUGAUGAUGAUUAUUCUUUAAAGGUUUGGAUGUUAGCAGAUGAAGCUAAUCGUAAGUUAUGUCCAUCUUGCUCUUCUCCAAUUGAAAAGAAUGAAGGAUGUAACCACAUGACAUGUUGGAAAUGCCGGGCUCAUAUGUGUUGGCUGUGCCUUCAAGUUUUCCCAUCUGCAUUAUUGGUGUAUAAUCAUCAGGCAUUUUGUCCUAAGCAGAAAAUGUAACAUGUGACAACAUACAAUGCUAUAGUUUUAUAUGAAAAUGUUACAUAAUUUUGAUGAGAAAAAGGUGAUAAGAAUUGCAACUUAUUAUUUGGAAAAGAAAAAUUAGGAUUUUAAUUUUUUAAAUUACUAUUCUAUAUCUUUUAGUAAUAAUUAUGAAGUAGGAUGGUUUAAAAAACUGCAUAAAAUUAUUUUCAGUAAAAAUCAUGCAGUUUCAGAUUUUUUGUAAUAAUUUUUUUAAAACUUGUUUCAAGUUAAAAUGUAGUGAUGCCCACUGCAAGUACCGUAUUUGACGGCAUAUAAGACGCACUUUUUUUUCUAAAUUUGGUCUCAAAAAAAGUUACCUGUGUCUUAUACGUGAAGGACACAGGUUAACUUUCAAUACUGAAUAUUAUUUUUAGC